UCAUGUGUCGUUGGGGUGUUUUACAUUAAAUUCACAGAGAUCAUGAUGAGCUGAUCAUGUGUCUUUACUAAUGAGCACCAUCGCUCUGUUGGGCGUAUGGCGGGCUUUUCACUGGAGGAAAUCCAAUUGAUUACUUAAAAACAGUCCCACCCAUUUUAAAGCACACAUAAAAUAGCCUGCUAACAAUAGCCUAUAUACACAGUUGGGCAGGAUCAGUGACUCUCUCUGACAGGGACAACGCUUCUCAUAUGUUUUUUUUUCUUGAGGAGGAUAGCACUUGCUUGUUUUACAGGAGUGUAACAAGUUGAAUCUGAAAUUCAAAGUCAACCUUUGACUGCAGAUCUCAAGUGGGAAAAAUGGGAAACGAGAACUCCAAGAGCAACGAGCUAACAAAGAAUGGGACAAUUCCCGAGAAGCAUGAGAAUGGAUCAGUGAAUGGCGUCUCUGCAAGCAUCACAUCUAAUGGAUUGGACUUUAACGGUGAGACCGUAGUCAAAACAAAUGGUGGACCUCUCUCCUUAAACCACGCCAUAGAAUUAACUGAGCCUGAUUGUGUGGUAGUCGAAUCAGUCGCUCAGAAAGCCGAGGCUCUGGUUAUCUCCGAAACCCCUGAAACCCCUGCAACCCCUGAAAAACCUGCAACCCCUGAACCCCCUGCAACACCUGCAACCCUUGAACCCCCUGCAACACCUGCAACCCCUGAACCCGCCGUCAAGAAGGAAGAAGCAAAGAAAAAUAAAGGAGAAAAAGCUCGAGGUUUUGGCAAUAUGUUCAAGAAGAAGGCAGGACCUCCAGCUGAACCGGUCGAGAAAAUUCAAGAAAAAGAGAUCCCAAACGAUAAUCCGACAGAUGUAAGUGUUCCUGCUGCUGAGCCACAGCCGGAGUCGGGCUCCAUUGGAGACGAAGCUGCCACCAUGAUUGUCGCUGAGCAUAGAGAGGACUUGGAAAAUCUACAUCAAAAAGCUGAAGUAUCAACGCAAACGGACACAGAAAGCAAAGCAGACAUUUCAACGCAAACUGGCGAUGAUGAUGAUACAGUCAUUGUCGAGACGGCGGAAACUGUUGUCAUGGCCGAGGAGGUUUUUGAAGAAACGGCAGGUGAGGAUCCCCGAGGCGACGAGACAGCUGAGAUCAGCAUUGAAGAAGUGGUCAUCAGGGGGAACGAUGUGUACGAGUAUAUAGUGUUCAGAGCAGAGCGAGUAGAAAUUACAGACAUUUUUGAAAUCAGCCACAUCAAAACCGACGUUCCUGAAAUGCCAGAAAUUUCUGCAGAACCAGAACUUACUCCAAACAAAUCCAUUACACAAUGUGAAAUAGUUACAGAAGAUAAUAAUGUUGAUGAAACUGCGCCGUUGGAGUUCUCUUUCAGCCUCCCUAAAGUGGUGGCAGAUUGCGUUAACGCGGUUUUCGCCGCUGAUUCUGAUUCCACUGACUUUCCUGCUGUAAACACAUCACAGCCACGCGUAGCUGAAGUAAUUACUGAAGACAAUAUUGAAGGAACCAGGGAGGUGUCAGCUGAUGUGGUGGUGAUUAAAGUUGCUGAACCUGAGUAUAAUGCUGUCACUCCUGAGGCCGGGAAAGCAAAUGACCUACCUUCCCUAGACAAAAAGCCUGUGACAACGGUGGCAGAAGCAAUCACGGAGGUUGUUUGCGAGGAGCCAAAUCCAACAUCUGCAAACCAAGUCAAAGAACUUUCUGAUCUUGUUGCGACACAAAUUCUAGUUAAGGAGGAAUCUGCCCAUGAAGAGGUCAACGCUGAAGAUGCUGUCGAGUUCAAGGAUGUAAGUGAAGAAGGCGCUCCAUCCAAUGAGCUCAUCACUAUUGAGGAACUUUUGGAGGACAUUUUAAAUUCUCCCGAUAAUGAAGUGAAGCCUGAGUGUAUUCCUGAAGUUAUUGCUACAGGUGAGACUGCUAAGGUUGGUGAAGAUGUGAUAGUUCAUGAGGGAACGGUUGAAGAAGCAGAACCAAGUCCUGCCAUUGCCAUGAUACUAGAAGCAGCAAUUGAUGUCCUCUCUCAAGAAUUUAGUGCCAUCACUCCACAGGACCCUGCGAUGGAUAAUGACCUCCCCCUGGAAGAAGAGGUGAUCGUUGCAACAUAUUUUAUGCCCCUUUCUGGAGAACUAGAUACGAUUCUUACCAUUUCAGAAGAGCCAAGUGAGACAACUGCUGAGGAGCUGAAUGAAGAAGCUAUAGAGGCUUUAUCAAAUGAAUUUGAAGCAGUGCCUGGAAGUGUGGAGGAUGAUACCACUGUCCUUGAGUCAUCUACUGGAGGAGAGGUUACCAGUUCCAAUGACCCUGUGGGAAUAAAAACUAAAGAAUCUGAUGAUGUUUUAUUGGUCACAGGAGAGUUUCAGCCUCACGUUUCAGUACAAGAGGACAAUGUCGCUCCAUCUGUGGUUGCUGUGGAAGAACCAACUGAUCCCAGUCCUGUAGAGCCCGUGGAACAGAGUGCGAGCCCUCUUGAGUCACAAAUGCUAGUGGUAAUUGUUGGGACAACGGUAGAUGAAGUUACAGAAGAGGUAAUACAUGAAAUGGAUAAUUCUGGAGAUGUUUCAACUACCGUUGACAUAAACUCUAAAGACUCGGAAAUUGUCGCUUCAGAUGAGCUUAUGGCAGAGUGUGUUGAGGUUGUUUUUGAGACCAUUGUGGAAGAAAUCAUCAUGGAAGACAUUACGGCUGAAUGUAACCUUGUGACUACAGUGGAAGGAAGUACCGUGGAUCAUCGAAAACUCUAAAGAUUCUGACACUGGCACUUCAGUUCAGUCUGUUGCAGAGCGCGUCGAGGCUGUUCUUGAGACCAUUGUGGAAGAAAUCAUUACGGAAAACGUUGCAACUGAAUUUAACCUCGUGUCUUCAGAUAAAGAAGCACCAGAGAUCACAGAGGGAGAGAAUGAAUCAUUGGUGAACCCAACAGAUUCAACCCAAAGCGCAAAAACCAUUUGAAGUACAGACAUGAACAAUUUACUUUCUAGGUUGCAGUCAGUCUUCAAUGGGAUACACUAUUACUGUUACCAUUCAUGUGGCUCCAAACAAAGAACAACAGUAAAGUUUUGAAGAAAUUGUUUCUGUUUGUAAAAAAAAUUGGUCUAUCAUGUGUUUAAUGGUAUUUGGUAGUAAUUACAACUGGAUUGUAAAAUGAUUUGUGUUUUAUAAUAAUGCAAAGUGCCUUUUGUUUGUAUAUAUCGCCGACACAAAGCUCACAUUGUAAAGUACUGAAACAUUUUCCAAUAAAAUCAAAAAUGAAAACACUGGCUUUAAAGGCUUGAAAAAUG